AUGUCGUCGAAACCCAACACUGUUGUCCUCGGAACGGCUCUUGGGAUAACAUCUUCGGCCAUAUUCUUCGGCGCCAACCUUAGCAUCUCAUUUUUGACCGUCCCGCUUCUGCUGUUACCAUCCCCCAAACCAGCCUUGCCAGUCCCAGCAAACUCUGAAAAUACAAACUCUCCAACAUCCGCUUCUUCCCAGAGACCAGCGACAAAGCUUGGACACCUCGCCCGGCAGUGGCAGGCAGCUUAUAAUAUUGGAAAGAAAGCAGGCCCAUUCUUCGCCCUGCUUGCCAGUGGAUGUUGGCUAUACGCGGCGAAGCACCUGCCACCAGAAGCUGGGCUCCAGCGGCAACUACUCUGGGCUGCAAGCGGUCUCUCGGUAGCUAUUGUGCCCUUCACAUUUGGGGUUAUGAAACGGACAAACGACGAGCUACAUCGCCGAGCGGAUGCAGCAACAAGAGAUGAAGAGGAUGACUCCAAAGCACAGGCGCAGCAAGGGACAGUCGAGAGCUAUCAGACUCACGAUCUCAUCCAGUGGUGGGCGCAAUUGAACUUUUUUGCUGCGAACUUCCAGGAUUUUGACGACGAUACCAAACGACAACCUCUCCACCAAUUCAUAGCGACCACCUUUCCUCAAUCCAUAAUUGUGAUUGCUGAGACGCCCGUCUCGACGUUUGCAAUCAUGGGUGGCGUUACCGUUCGAGAUGUCGAUGCACAAAAAUUCAUCGAGGCAUAUGCAGCAUUUUUGAAGCGACAAGGGAAACUCCGAGUGCCAGGUUGGGUCGACACCGUCAAGACCUCACACUCAAACGAACUGCCUCCGCAAUCCGCCGACUGGUUCUACGUCAGAGCUGCCUCAGUUGCCCGACAUGUCUACCUAAGAAAGUCCGUUGGUGUUGGCCGUCUCCGAAAAGUUCACGGCAGCACGAAGAAUCGCGGUUCUCGACCAUCACACCACGUCAACGCAUCUGGCGCUGUCGACCGCAAAGUGAUGCAGGCUCUCGAGGAGUUGGGCAUUUUGGAGAAGGUUGAUGAGGACGAAGAAGGUGGCAGCGGAAAGGGCGGACGAAGAAUAACACAAGCCGGUGCACGAGAUCUGGAUCGCAUUGCCCAGACUGCUGUGGAGGGCGACGAGGAGGAAGAGGACUAA